GUCAACGCCAGCAGGAAAGCCUCCUUCUCCCCCAGACAGCUGCUGUCGCGAAGUAAACAUGACGAUGGAGUCUACUACAACCUGAAUUAUGGAAUACCAAUAGCAAAACGGCAUCACGUUCAACCGAAGACGUUGGGUGUUUCGUAUCCUCCAGAUUUGCACAAACUUAAGUGCCGUUCGUAAGUUUCCUCACGCCUGGGAUCUAACAAGUCUUACGAGUGAAGCGGAGUUAAGCGUUAACAGCAAUGCCUCUGGUAUUUUUGGAGAGAUUUCCAUGGCCAAGUCUGCAGACGUACACUGGUCUGAGUGUGGCUCUGCUGGCUGGCAGCAUCUACAGCGCUUACACCACAGUGACUGAUCCAGGGUUUGGUGUCCUGGAAGCUGAGGAAGCACCAUCAGCAUCCGCGCUCGACUUGGAACAUCUAAGCAAUGAUAUAAGCAGCACGGAAUUGGCCACCACCGUCUGGUGGUAUCUGGUAACAGAUUAUCUCUUUGUGUGGGUAUUGGUCAACACUUUCUGCUGCUCUUUGAUGCUGAUUGCCAAAAUGAUCCAGUAUUUGGUUUUUGGCCCGCUGAGAGUCAGUGAGAAGCAGCAUUUGAAAGAUAAGUUCUGGAAUUUCAUAUUCUACAAGUUCAUCUUUAUCUUUGGGGUGCUGAACGUACAGACCAUGGAGGAGGUGGUCAUGUGGUGCUUGUGGUUCGCUGCCUUGGUCUUUCUUCAUCUCAUGGUUCAGCUCUGCAAAGACAGAUUUGAAUAUUUGUCGUUUUCACCCUCCACUCCCAUGAACAGCCAUGUGCGCGUGCUGUGCCUGCUGGUGUCCUUGCUGCUGGACUGCUGUGGCCUUGCUGUGGUCUGUGGUCUACUGGGGGCCUCGUACGGAAUGCACACGCUUUCUUUCAUGGCUGCGGAGUGUCUGCUGGUGACUGUGCGCACCGGACAUGUCAUCAUGAGAUACUCCAUUCACCUGUGGGACCUCAACCACCCGGGGACUUGGGAGAGCAAAGGAACCUAUGUGUACUACACAGACUUCAUCAUGGAGCUGGCCAUGCUCUUCCUGGACCUGCUGCAUCACAUUCACAUGCUGCUCUUCGGAAACAUUUGGUUGUCCAUGGCCAGCCUGGUGAUCUUCAUGCAGCUCCGCUAUCUCUUCCACGAGGUCCAGCGGCGAAUCCGCAAACACAAGAACUACCUUCGGGUGAUCAACAACAUGGAAGCCCGAUUCUCUGUCGCUACUGCGGAGGAGCUGGCGGCCAAUGAUGACGACUGCGCCAUCUGCUGGGAUGCCAUGUCAACUGCACGCAAACUACCCUGUGGUCACCUCUUCCACAACUCUUGUCUGCGCUCCUGGCUGGAACAGGACACAUCUUGUCCCACUUGUCGAAAGUCCCUGAACAUCAGCGGGGACAGUGGCCAAGCCAGAGGCCAGCAGCCCGGCGCUGGCAUGGAGGGCAACGUCGGCCCAGCUGGAGCGGCAGCGGAUCCACGACCACACAUUAACCAGCACAACCACUUCUUCCACUUCGACGGUUCCCGCAUUGCCAGCUGGCUGCCCAGUUUCUCUGUGGAAGUGAUGCACACCACCAACAUCCUGGGGAUCGCUCAGGCCAACAACUCUCAGCUCACAGCCAUGGCCCAUCAGAUCCAGGAGAUGUUCCCUCAGGUGCCCUCCUACCUGGUGAUGCAGGACCUGCAGUUGACCCGCUCGGUGGAGAUGACCACCGACAACAUCCUGGAGGGAAGAAUCCAGGUGCCUUUCCCCACACAGGCUCCAGAGCGAGCCUCUCUCCAGGUGAACCCCUCUCCAGAGGAGCAGGCCGGGCCCAGCGGGGAGGCAGAGGACGGCCUGAGUGAGCCGGACAACAUGGAGGUCAGAGGAGGUCGCUUCUCCAAGUCUGCAGAGGAAAGACAGAAGAUGCUGAAGCAGAGGAAAGAGGACUUGAUUCACGAGGCUCGCAGGAGAUUUCUGAACAAGAGUCCAGAGGAGCAGGACGAGGACUUGCCAGGACUGGAGGACGAUGGUGCCGCAGAGUCGAUGACGCUCAGACGGAGAACGAUGGCGGCGGCUGCGGAGCGACGCAUGCGUCACGACGACCCUUCCCCCUGAUCCCUGAAGUGAUUCUCUGGAAAGAUCAAUCAAAUCCCUCCCAAGACGGCAUGAGCUUUUUCAAACCCAUCCUGCGUACGGUCGUGGGUCCACGUGUAAUCUUACGAGUAAUUCAAAGCCCAUGGUGAACUCAGCCUCCUGACUGUUGCAGGCUGCCUAAAACGUUUGGGGGAUUUUCUGCCACUGGCACCAGUGGAAGCUUUAUUGCAAAUCACUUCUCUGUCGUACCGACAUCGCGAGCACCAGCCUCCUCUACAUUAUCCUCUGAAUGAGUUGGUUUGACUUUUUUUUUUUUUUUUUUGCUGGUGGCCGGAGGACGCUGCAUCUCUGUCUUUAGUUUUAUCUCAACUGUGAAUUGCGAAACACGUCUGUCUUUAUUUCUUACAUUGAAGUAAGAGAAUGUCACUUUAGUGUUUCUCCGCCUUUUCAACAUGAAUGUUUCUCUGGGACAUCAAUGCCACGGGCACAAGUGUUCCAGCACAGCGGGGCGGUUCUGAGGGAGAGCUGCGCUCCACUGCAGCCUGUGUUUGUUUGUAUUUACCGUCAUGGGCUCUUAGGUGUCUUUGUGUGUGCUUAUCGUUUUGUCGUCCUUUUGAGUUGCAGGGGGAAGUAUUAGUUUGAUUUCCUAAAUCAUCUGCUGUGGAGAUGUUCUGAUCAGCUUCAGUGUUUUAGUGCUGUUUAUUUUACGUUUGUUGAGCUGGAUUGAAAACUGUUUUGCCCUGACCUGUAGCACCAAGUUCUCAAGUCUGUUUUCUCUCCACCUCGGCCUGUUCAAAAUUCAGAGCUCUGUGUGAGAAGAAACACACCGUGUCCUGAGCGAGAUACAGUUUUGCUUUAUGCUUUUUCUUUCCUCAGUUCUAGCUCCAUAAAGUGUUUCUGUUAUUUGGUCAUCAUCCAACCCUGUGUGGACUGAGCUUUCUUUGCGUGCCUGCUGUAAGGUUACUGGAUCAGCUCUGUAAAUCUAGUUUUUGUUUUUUUGUAAAAUA